UGGAGGCCGUGGACGAGUGUCGUGAGGCCGUGAGGCUGGAUCCCUCCUAUGCGAGGGCCCAUCAUAGGCUGGCCACUCGCUAGCUCAGGCUGGAGUAGCAGAGAAGGCCAUGGCUCACUAUAAACAAUCAGUGAGUGAAGCGAAUGCAGGAGAAUUAGGGCAAGCUCAGGCCUUCCAAACUCACCUAUCAAAGUGCACAGAAGCCAGAAAGCUCAAAGAUUGGCAUACUCUGCUCAAAGAGGCCAGCUCCGCCAUCGCAACCGGGGCCGAUGCCGCUCCACAGGUGUUUGCUUCUCAAGCGGAGGCGUUGUUGAGGUUGCAUAAGGUGCAAGAGGCUGAGGCCGCAAUGAGCGGAGCGCCAGAGUUUGAGGUGGAUGCGUACCAAGUUUUUGGGGCCGCAACCAACGCCUAUGUUUUGCUUGUAAAGGCGCAGGUUGAUAUGGCAGCUGGAAGAUUUGAUAAUGCCGUUAGUGCGGCCCAAAGAGCAGGCAUAUUGGAUCGAAGCAACAUGGGGAUUGGGGCAGUGGUGAGGAAGGCAAGAGCAGUGUCUUCAGCUCGCUCCAAUGGCAAUGACCUCUUUAAAGCUUCUAGGUUUAGUGAAGCGUGUUUGGCCCAUGGAGAUGGCCUCCAAAGUGACCCACUCAAUACCAUCUUACUUUGCAAUCGCGCUGCCUGUCGGUCGAAGAUGGGACAGUGGGAAAGAGCCAUCGAAGAUUGCACCGCCGCCCUCAAUAUCCGCCCUUCAUGCACCAAGGCUCGCCUCCUAAGGGCUGACGGCAAUGCCAAGUUGGAGAGGUGGGAAGCAUCAAUACAAGUAGAGAUAUUAAACGUAGAAUGUCCAGGAGAUACGGAGGUGGAGAAAGCCUUGUUGGAGGUUAAACAACAACUCAAGAAAUGCCGAGGUGAAGAUGUGAAGGAGAACAUCUCCAAUGUUGUCCUCAUCACCAAUGGCGAUCGCUCAAGGCAAUACGUUACGGGUCCUUGGAUGUAUGUAGUUUUGUUAUGUACAAAUUCAAAUGAAACAACCAGCAACUCCUUCCCUUCAUCAAGCAACUAUGCAAGAAAUACUCUUCUGUCAAUUUCCUUAAGGUGGACACAGAGGAAAACCCAAACCUAAGUAAAUCAGAGGGAGUUUCAUCCGUGCCGGCUUUCAAGAUAUACAGGAAUGGGUCUCAAGUGAAGGAUAUAGCGGGAUCCAAUCCACAGUUGCUCGAGAGUUCCAUCCAAUACUAUAGCAGUUGAAAUGUUUCUUGGCCAUAGUAUCGAGAGUUCCAUCAAAUACUAUAGCAGUUGAAGUGCUUCUUGGCCAUUGUAUCUCCCAUCUUCCAAACACUACAUACUCCAAUUUUUCUUAUUCAUAGAUGCAUGCCUGCCCAAUCAGGGCCAUUCAACGAAACUGAGGUCGGCGAUGAACAGGCCAGGCGUUUUGUGAGGAAGACACACUUAGUGAUUGUGUAUGCUCUCUCUCUCCCUUGCUUGCUCUCUCUCUUUCUCGUUCUUUGCGGAGACAUAGACAUAAGAUAAUAGAAGUAGCACUCGGUGUGUAGCCCGGAAAAUGGAGCGAACUUAGGCCGAUUGAGCUUGGACCGGUGAUGAACCCAGGGUGACAAGUAAAUGUGUGCAUUUUGUAUUGCUCUUUAACUAUUGCAUAUAUACAUUCCUGUGUGUAUUCGUA